GAAGCCUUUCCUGCAAUAAGUGCAGGCCAGCUCCUGCUUUAGUGAAGAAGCUUCCGGGCCACGAUAUCAGUUGUAAACAUGGCGGAGGACCUGCUAGGAACGGUAGAGAGGCUCCAGGGAAGGAUCUCGGAGAAUCCAGAGCCUCGCAAGUUGCUGAAGGCUCUCAAAAGGCUGGGGGAGCUGCCCAUGACAGUGGACAUCCUGGUGGAGACUGGGAUUGGGAAGUCUGUGAAUUCUCUCCGGAAGCAUGAUAUUGUUGGAGAGGCUGCAAAGACUCUGGUAGCCAGGUGGAAGAAGCUGGUCCCGCAGUCUGUGGACAGGCCCAGCAGUGGAAAGGAGGGGAGUAGUCGUGCGCGGGGGCCCGAAAUGGGACGUAAGCAGGCCAGAGACCCCUCCCCUGAGGAACGUCCGCACAUACAAGAGGAAGACGAAGAUGAAGAGGAGGAGGAGGAGAGAGAGUACCGUCAUAGCUACUCCCCAUCGCCUCCCCAUCAUAACUACAGCCCCCCUCACGGCCACAUGGAACAAGAGGCGUAUCAGGUGGAGGAAUACGACAGCCCCCCCAGAGAAGAAGAGCCACCGCCCAGCCCCCCCCGCAAAAAGAACCGUCUCCCAAAACUGCACAAGGACCUGGGGCGGGAGCAGGGUUCCCACAGCGACAGGGAGCUGGAGCGACAUCGUCGUCACGGCGACAGCGCCCAGGGGACCAGCAGCGGCAGCGAAGGGAAGAAGCGCAGGACCGAGAGGGAACAGCAGGACGGCGCCACACAUAAGUCCUCCAAACACAGCCGUCACACUGCCCCGCACGAGGGCAGGGAGGUCAAAACGGACAAGAGGAGGGGGCCUGAGGGCAGGUCUCGGGAGCGUAGGAAAUCUCCUGACGCAGCUCGAGGAGGGGAGGAUGAGGAGGACGAGGCCUUUGAAACGCCCACCAUGUCCUUUGAGUCCUUCCUGACGUACGAUGCCCCCACCCCCAGCAAGAAGAAGAAGAAGCCCUCUCGCCCGUCUCAGGCCUCACAGCCCGCCCCCCCGGCCCCUGCGGUCAACCCCCCAGCCCCUUCCACCCCCAGCAAGGCUAACGGGACCCGAAGUAAACGGCCUCCCCACGACUCCACUCCCCAGGUUUCGGAGAAACGCAGGAAGGUAGUAGAUGUAGUGCCCACACUUCCUGAUAUCCCGCUGCCAGCGAUCCAGCCUAACUACAGACCCCUGCCCUCCAUCGAUAUAACCCCUCUGUCCCCACAGAGGCGUAAAGUUCCUGUGUCAUGUGACGAGGAAGAUACUGGCUUCACUGGGAGGCGCUUCAACUCUAAAAUGGUGGUGUACUCAGGCUCUAAGGCAGUCUGCUUGCCCAAGAUGAUGAGUCUCUAUGAACAGUGUAUCAGGGUUCUGCAGAACAAUAUUGACUCCAUCGAUGAGGUUGGAGGCGUUCCAUAUGAAAUUCUGGAGCCAGUUUUGGAGAGGUGCACACCUGAGCAACUGUACCGGAUUGAGCAGUGUAACCAGUGCUUCAUGGAAGAGUCCGAUGAGCUGUGGAUGCGUCACUGCCAGAGGGAUUUCAAGCGGGAGUCUCCACAGGAAUACGAGUCAUGGCGGGAAAUGUACCUGCGUCUCCACGACGAGAGGGAGGAGCGCCUGCGCAUGCUCACCCAGAACAUCAGCUCCGCCCACGCCAACCGCCCCAGAGGUCGGCAAGUGAAGAUGGCGUUUGUGAACUCUGUGGCAAAGCCCCCGCGUGACGUACGGCGGCGGCAGGAGAAGUUUGGAACCACAAGUGGUGCAUCGAGCUCUGGAUUAGCCUCUGCUGCUGCUGCUAUUACUGCCCCAGUCAGAAUCAGACCAGCCAUGUCCUACCACAGCCAGCCCUCUGAAGCUGCCUCAUCAUCAAGGGGGAGCCCCCCUGAAGCACCCCGCUCCUCUGGAGGGGGCCAGAGCAGCGGAGGGGGCCACAGUUCAAGAGAUAAACCACAGGUCAAAAAGAUCGCCCCCAUGAUGGCCAAAACUAUCAAAGCUUUCAAGAACAGGUUCUCCAGGCGAUAGACAUGGCAUGAAUGAGAGAGGAGUGGAAGAAAGCGAGAGUGUAGAUGCAAAGCUGUGUUUUUAAUGAAAUGUACCACGGGAGCUGCAGACCCCUCCAACAUGUCCCCCAUUCUCUAAAGUAUCUCCUGACUUUCGCCCGGGAUUAAAAGAAACACAAACACACAUGCACACAGAGACACAGACACACAGACUGGACUUCUCUCUGGGCAGGGUUUGACACAAUGAGUUGGCACAGGGGGGAGGGGGGAGUGUGAAUCGAAGACAGAGAGAAGCACAAAAGGGAGAGAGAUGAGUGUGUGUGUGCGCAAGAGAGAGAGCGAGAGACAGACCACCCUGCAGCUUCACUCUACUGUAUUUAUUUCUAGGUCCCUCUUCUGGCCUUUAAAUAGAAGCGGAUCAAAAUAGUAAUUUUAAUAGAUUUUAAUAAAUGUUAUAUGGACAUUUUUAAUAAAAUGUACUCUUUGCCCUCA